ACCGAAUGAGUUGAAUUUAGCGGGACCCCCAAAAGAUCUCAAGUGGUUGUGCGGACGUAUAAAGAGGGACCUUAAUGCCGUUUUUGAAACAGAAUUCAAGCUGAUUUUAUUCUAUUAAAGCUGUUUAGUAAUUAAGUAUGAGAACUGUUUCAAGCUCUAAUUCUUCAAGAUUAGGUGAAGUUGAUAUGUUAAAGGAAAGUGUAAACCACGUUGAAAAUGUGGAAACCAAUCUGUUUCAAAAUAAAGAGGUUGGUGAUGAGUUAGCUACAGAAAAGGUAGACAAGCAGAUUUUGGAUUACAUCCAAGAGGAUGCUAUUGAAAUCGAUGAGGAAACCAAUAGGAGGAUCAGACGGUUGGUUAACAAGAGAAUCUUACCUUGCAUGAUUGGAACUUACUUUUUGCAAGCCUUAGAUAAAGGUACUUUGUCCUUUUCUUCUAUUAUGGGUAUUCGGGAAGAUGCUGGUUUGGUUGGUCAACAAUAUUCUUGGUUGACUACUUGUACUUAUAUUGCCGUUUUGGUUUUUGAAUUGCCUACCAAUGUGAUCAUUCAAAAGGUCCCAGUGGUUAAGUAUUUGACUGCUAAUAUUAUUCUUUGGGGUAUUGUCUUAGGGUGCCAUGCUUUGGGUAAAAAUUUUCCUAUUUUGGUUGCUGUCAGAACUUUGUUAGGGUUAUUUGAAUGUUGUUGUCAACCUUGUUUUAUUUUGAUGUCUUCCAUGUGGUAUAAAAGAGAAGAACAAGCAUUCAUUGUUGCUCUUUGGUAUAUGAUGAAUGGUGGUCAACAGAUUGUUGGUGGUUUACUUUCUUACUGUUUCACUUUGAUUGAAGGCGCUGCCUUAAAGAACUGGGAGAUUUUGUUCUUGACUUAUGGUUGUAUUACUGUUGUUUGGGGUAUUUUCCUUUUCUUUUACACGCCUGAUUCCCCAAUGUCUGCUAAAUGUUUCAGUGAAGAAGACAAGAGAUUAAUGGUUGAGAGAGUCCGUAGUAACCAAACUGGUCUUCAGAACAAGAAGUUCAAGAAAGAACAUCUCAUUGAAGCUCUCAAAGAUCCACAAGCUUACUGCUACUUCUUCAUUCAAUUUUUGACUAGUUUGCCAACUUCAGGUUUGGGAGCUUUUGCUAACAUCAUCAUUGCAUCUUUCGGUUUUACUGUUUUACAAACUCAGUUGUUGUCUAUGGUUUUGGGUGCCUAUUUGAUCUUUUUGCUUUUAAGUUCGGCCUACUUUUCUAAGAGAUUCAACCAAAAUAUCUUCUUCAUGAUCAUGUACGUUGUUCCAUCCAUUGUGGGAACUGUGGUAUUGAUGACUUUGACCUACGCUGAAUACGAUCCUGAUUCGUAUCAACACAAACUUAGAACUGGUGUCUUAUUGUUCUGUUACUACUUGACUCUUUCUUUCUGGGGUGUUGCUAACUUGGGACUUUCUUUACUUUCAAGAAACAUUGCUGGUCAAUCCAAAAAAGCUGUCUGCACAACCAUGAACUUCGUUGGUUGGGCUGUUGGUAACAUCGUGGGACCUCAAGUGUUCCGUGCAAAUGAAGACCCAAGAUACUUGACAGCAUUUGGAACCCACUUAGGAUGUUAUGCCGCCUUGAUUUUACUCUUGUUAUUCUUGAGGUUAUGGUUGAUGAGGGAAAACAGAAGAAAAGAAAAGUUGAUUGAAAGUGGAGUGGCAACUGCUGAUGUUCACUUGAAGCAUGCUUUUGAUGAUUUGACUGACAGAGAGAAUGUCAACUUCAGGUAUGCAUAUUAGGUAUAUAUAUAUGAUACGAAAAUUGAAUGAAUAAUCAUGAUUGACUUCG